CUGCAUUGGCGAUUUCGAGAAGCUUGCGGCCUCCGAGGAAGUCUAGGUAACAGCGUAAGGUUUUAGCCCUAAUGGAUAUCGCCUGACAACAGACGGGGCUAGGGACAAGGCGGUGGCAAGAAAAGCUGUCAGACAGGUCGAUCGGCAACUGCGCAACGGGCAAACUGGACGAGACCCAAACAGGAAAGGAAUUCUCCGUGGUCCGAUCGCCAGCGAUCAUCCUUGACAGGCGCUGGCAUUGUCAGGGCUUGCGAUGGAGGCCAGCCGACUUACAGCCGUCUACGCUUCGCCGUUUACUCCUAAUUUAUUGCGAAAUUAUCACUCUUUAAGACGAUGAAAAGCUGUCACCACGCUUCAGGCAGCUUCUGCGAGCGGCCCGUGCGCCAACUUAGGGUAGAAGUCAGAUACGCCGUUGGCGACCGUGCGCCAAGCAUAUGCGAGGUUUCGCUUUGUAGUUUAGACAGGCGGCCGAGAGCGCGAUUUCUGCGGACGUAGUGGAAACCUAGACUAGUGCUCCGGAUUUCAGCGUGCGUUUUAGGAUACUAAGGGCGUAUCGCCCUGAGAUAGGUAGAGGAAAUACGCGGCAAAAAGGCCGAAAACGAGGUCACUAGUAAGGAUCGCUGGAAAUCCUAAAUGGCUCUCCGCGAGAACAGGUUUCCAACAUAUCAGAGGUGAGCCCGGGAGGCGGCGGCUGCCGGAAGCCACCCAAGAUGGCUUCCAAGCGGCCAGCCCCGCAGGACUCCCCCGGGGUUUCCUCCUCGGUCCCUUCGACGAAGAAGGUUCACUUCGAACCCUUCCGGAUCGGACAGGUCUCCACGCUGGAGGAGAUGGACAUGAAGACGCUGCAGUUCCAAAAUCGCAAGUUAGCACAGCGCCUCGACCAGCGCAUACGGCAAGAGAGCGAGCUGCGGGCGCGUGUGGAGCAGCUGGAGAAACGGCAAACCUCCGACGAAGGGGUCCUCACAGUUGUUAACAGGUACUGGAACCAGCUGAACGAGGACCUGCGCGUCCUGCUGCAGCGCUUUGACUCGGAGGCGUGGGACGAGUCUGAGCAGCGCAAUGAGGCGGAGGCCACCACGUCCUUCUUGGGCAUGCUGCUGCACUGGGACCGCGAGGAACUGGACGAAAAACUCGCCCAGCGAGUGCAGGUGUCCACCCGUGCCGUCGCCAAGCUGCUGCAAGCCUUCGACCGUCUGGUACAGAGGAACCACAAGGUCAUGCUGGCACUCCAAGGGGAAGAACCACCUGGCCCAGAUGGAGAGCCAGCAAUGGACACUGGUCCGGUGCCCGACCUCAACGAGGCAGUUCGACAGGCCAACAUUGAGCUGCAGACGGAGAACAAGAACCUCCAUGCGCUCGUCACCUCACUGCACGAGAAGAACCACAAGCUCAGCCUCAAGUUCUCGGAGCACCAGGAUCAGGUGGACUCGAUGCAGACCAAGAAUGACGAACUGCGCAACCGCGUCGAAGAGCUCGAAUACGAGCUGAGCAAAGUGCGCGCUCGCGAGGAGAAACUCGACUGUCACCUGGCCGACUGCCUGCAGCGCAUCAAGAACUUCCAGGUGGACGGCUGUGACACCGUGCCCACGGCUGGCUCCGGCGGUGGCUCUGGUGGUGGUGGUGGUGGUGGUGGAGCUGCUGCCCUGCGCCUGGAGGACCUGCAGAGCCAGCUGGAGGAGCAGCGGGAGCUGGCAUCGGCACGGCUGCUCGAACUAGAGCAGCUGCAGCACGACCACAAGGAGGCCCUGAAGACGGUGGAGCGCCUGCGGCUAGAGCUGCGUUCGCUGCCCGAGAGCCUGGUGGUGAGCACGGCCGAGUACAAGUGCCUGCAGAGCCAGUUUUCGGUGCUGUACAACGAGAGCAUGCAGCUGAAGACGCAGCUGGACGAGUGUCGCUCCAUGCUGAAUACAGCCAAGACCACGCACCUGCGCAACAUUGAGCACAUGGAGAGCGAGGAGCUGAAUGCCCAGAAGAAGCUUCGCUCGGAGGUCAUCCGCCUCGAGGACCAGAUUGCACAGAUUCGUCGGGAGUACGAGAAUCUGCGCAUCGAGUUUGAAUCGUCGUCGGUGUCCAGCGAGCAGGCUCAGCCACUCAACCGGGAGAUGCGGCACAUUAUAACGAGCCUGCAGAGCCACAACAGGCAGCUCAAGAGUGAAAUCUCCCGCAGCAAGCGCAAGCUUCGCGAGGCCCAAUCGGAGACGCAGAGGCUGAGGCAGAUGCUGGAGAUGUCUAAUGUGGCUGUGACCUCCGCCUCCGCUCCCCCAUCAGCACCGUCGUCAUCGGGCGAGGGCGGCUCCACACGUAGCGAUGACGCGCCUGCGACGCCAAUGUCGUUGGGUGCCAGCACGAGCACGGUGGGGUCGGGAGGCAGCGCCGGCGGCUCGGGAGCUGGUGGUGGACGCAGCGGGGAGGACACGCCCAUGUCGCGCCACGAGGAAGACUGCAGGGCCGAGGAAGAGCCGAUUCCCGAGCGGGAGAAAGGCAAGAGCGACGCAGACAUCAUACGCGACCUCAAGGCGCAGCUCAAGAAGUCGCAAGAGGCCCAAAGGGAACUGAAACUUCUACUGGACAUGUACAAGGGGGCGCCAAAGGAGCAGAGGGACAAGGUUCAGCUCAUGGCGGCCGAGAAGAAAGCGCGCGCCGAGGCCGAGGAGCACCGGCAGCAGCUGAAGAAGCUGGUGGAGCACGAGCGCAAGGAGCGGCGCAAGCUGGCCGACGAGGACGCCAUGAAGAAGAUUCGCGCCCUGGAGGAGACGGUGAACAACCUGCACAAGAGCCUGGCUGCCCAAAAGCAGGAAGAGGAAGCCCUGCUGAGCGAGAUGGAGGUGACGGGCCAAGCAUUCGAGGACAUGCAGGAGCAGAACCUGCGGCUGUUGCAGCAGCUACGCGAGAAGGACGAUGCCAACUUCAAGCUUAUGUCGGAGCGCAUCAAGUCCACCCAGGUGCACAAGCUGCUGCAGGACGAGAAGGUGGCGCUCAUGGAGCAGGCUGCGCGCCUCCAAGAACAGGUGGGAGCCCAGAACCAGGUGGUGCGCAAACUUGAAGAGAAGGAGCGUCUGCUGCAAAACAGCCUGUCAACCGUCGAGAAGGAGCUCAGCCUGAGGCAACAAGCCGCAGAGGUGCACCGUCGCAAAGCUGUCGAGUCAGCCCAGUCGGCAGCCGACCUCAAGCUGCAUUUGGAGAAAUACCUGGCACAGCUCAGGGACGCCCAGAGCAUAGUGACCGAUCGCACAGCGGUGCUGUCACAAGAGACUUUCAAGACCAAGAGGCUACAAGAGGAGAUCUUAUCACUACGCCGUAAGGUCGAGCGGGCAAAAAAGUUUGAGCUGGCCACCAACACUGACGAGGUCCUCAUGGAGGAGAUCAAGGAGUACAAGGAGCAACUGACCUGUCCCUCCUGUAAGGUGAAACGCAAGGACGCAGUGCUCAUCAAAUGCUUCCACGUCUUCUGCUACGACUGCCUCAAGACACGCUACGAGACCCGCCAGCGCAAGUGUCCCAAGUGCAACGCUCCCUUCGGCACAAAUGACUAUCACCGGUUGUACCUCACCUGAGAAGACUGUGCACCUUUCCUUCCUCCCCUGUCCUUAUUCUCUUCCUCGGGUUUGUCCUCUCAUCGCCGCCGCCACCACCACAACCACCACCUCAUCCCUCACCACUGUCACAGAAACAUUGGUUGUUCUUAAUUUUAAUGCCUUGGUCUAUCUUGUUUUCGCAUUAUGUAUAAUAAAAGAGCGUAUUGUUUCGUGCA